CAUUAAAACGAGUUUUUGGUUCAGGAAUUUCUGGAAUUCCCGAUAAGCUUAUUAGGGUUUCGGAGUAUCCGGAAGCCGGAUUGAGCCCAAAUUUCAUAUACGAGCUUCCUGCAGCGAGGGGAUAUGUGGACGGUCUCGGAUUUUAAUUCGGGGUUCGUUCGUGAAAUUGACAUUUUAGUACGAGAAGGUUAAACCGGUGUUUGAACGACCAGAACUGGUGAGGGAUUAGCACAACAUACCGGGUUUGUCGUAUCACGAUAAUUAUAUUGAUGCUUAGAAUUGACCUAGGUGAACUAGAAUGGCAUGAUUAAGGGUGUAUGAACUUUUGUGCUAUAUGAUGAACCAUGGACUACUGUAUGAUAUUAUUGACUUGCCCUAAUCGUGAUGGACCUUGUUUAUACUGAUGAUUUCGUAUAUGUUGCAAAUUGUGGGCUUGACUGUUGAUAUGCCUUAUGAUGGUUCUAAAAGGUGAUUGGGUAUGAUUUUUCAUGAUUGUUGUAUUUGGAUGCACAUGUGGGAAAAUAUAUAUUCCCUGGUGAUAUUAUGAUGUUUAAGGAGGAUGACUUGCACGAGGGUUUAUCCCAAGGAAGUGCAAUUAUACGACUCUUCAUUUACCUAUGUUGAGCCAAUUGUGGCCAGGUCAAGUACAUGUGCAAGUAACAUAUUAUGAUUUAGCAAGAUGAGAUAUGGAUCAUGUAUAAGGAUACCAAGUAAGAGUACUUUGGUCUCAUAGUCAAUUACAUAGUAAUUAGGGCUCCCCAUGCUAUUACUCCGUUAUGAUAUGUUAUGUCACACCCCUGAUGUGAUGUUGACCGUUGAUUCAUCAUGAGAUAUGACCACACCUAGAGUGGUGUCGAGUCCGAUAUGACUACACCCAGAGUGGUGUCAGGUCCGAUAUGACUACACCGGCAGUGGUGGGUCCGAUAUGACCACAUCCACGAGAUGUUUGGUCCGUAUGCCCGGGAGAGUAACUAGCAUGGGAGUAGCUAGGCGCCUAUGAUUAAAACAUGAUAAGAUGCAUAUGCAUAAGUCAAGGUGGUUGAGUCUUUUGCCUAUUGGGAUAUGAGGAUGGCUGAGGUCCGAUCCUAGUGUUUUGGCUUGAUUGUUAGAUGUAUGAUAGGGGUAUGCUCUGUUAUGAACUCACGAUGCUAUGAUUAUCUCACUCCGCUAUGAGCUGACCCUCUUUUAUUCUUCUUCUCUGCUUAUGCUAUGUGUAAGCAGAUCAUCAGCAGCAGCAGUAGAUAAGUGUUAGGUGGGAGAGGAGCUAGAGUUGAAGCCAUGAUGAGGGAUGGUCUUCAACUAUUCUGUGCUUGGAUGACUACUCGGGAUUUUGGCCAGUGAUCCACACCUUUUUGAAAAAAAUGUUUUGAGAACGUUUUUCAUGUGCAUACUAGCUUCUGAUGUAGUGUGAGAUCUCGACAGGUGUGGAAAGUUUAUGAUAUGUGUAUAUGUUGUGUAACUGUGUAAGUUGGGACGAUUAUGGAGUAUGAAAAGUGUGACUAUGGCUAAGAAAAGCCAAUGCAUAUGGUUGUGAGUAUAUAUGUUUGUGAUGAAUUAUUUUGCAGGUUUUAGUUACAAGAACUGUUAGCCCAUUAUGCGAGUAAUUCAUGUCGAAAUUUUAUUUUGGUAAAUAUUGAUGAUUAAUGUAACACCCGAGAUCAUUUCCGCUGCAAUUGUAUGAACAAUAUGAUUAGGUAAUACGUAUAGGGUAGGGUGUUAGAGUUUGGUAUCAGAGCCCGGUUCCCUCUUUUUGUUGUUAUGAUGUACUAUGCCCAAAGGGAGGUUAAACACUCCUAAGGAGGGGAGUACCCCAUAAUAACUUAAACUGGGAAUUGAGUUUGACAUGAUUAUGUGUAUUGGUAUGUUGGAUGAAAUUAUCUGCAUCAUGGUUUCAAAAUUUAGUUUUGAACUUAUUGUUUUCAAGUAAUUAUUUUGGGAAAAUUUUGUUUUAACCAAGUGAGAGAUUUGGUGAAGAAUGAAUUUUGUGUGGAUCAAUCUAAGGCCAAUAUUUCAUUAUAGCUAGCACGGAAGUUGUGAAAAUAUUCCUACUAACCAGCCGAGAGGAGUGGGGGCGGUUGAUGCAAGACCGCCAGUAUUAGACUAUGCAAAGAUGAAGAGUUUGGGUGGUAGGGACUUCAAGGGAGAUGUGAGCCCAGAUGCUGUAGUAGAGUGGUUGAGAGAGAUGGAAGAUGUGUUUGAGUAUCUUUCUGCGACCCCAGAGGAAAAAGUACAAUAUGUUGUUUUUCUCCUAAAGGGGUACGCGAGGAGCUGGUGGUCCUCAGUCUCUAGAGUUAAUGGUGAACGAGUUCAGUUCACCUGGGAGGAAUUCUUGAAGGCCUUUAAGACAGAGUUCCUUCCCGAAGCUUUUAUCAGGGCAAGAAUAAUGAAUUCGCCAACCUUAAGCAGGAGAACAUGACAGUUACUGAGUACACUAUCAAGUUUGUUCGACUACUCUACUUUGAAGAUGGGUUGGCGGAUACUGAGUAUAGAAAAAGAUGAGAUACUUACAUGGUCUGUGCAUAGGAUUGAAAGAAAAGAUCCACAAGGUUGAUGAAGAGAGUAUGGCCACUAUCAAGGAGGCAACACUUAAGUAUGAAGCCUAUGAAGUUGAGGGUAGAGAGGAAAAUAAGGCCAAAGAAGAGGAGAAGAAGAGGAAGUUUGGAGUGAGUUAUUCUGGACCUCGUUACCCAUCCAAGAGAGGUCCCAGAAGUUUUGGGAGAACACCGAGUCAAUCUAUGUCAGGAACAUCAUACAAGGCACCAGUUUCCUCAGCCACACCUGCUCCAGUUUGUCAAGUUUGUCAGAAAAGACACUUUGGAGAGUGUUGGAGGUUUUCUGGAGUAUGCUUUCAAUGCGGCCAGUCGAGUCACAUUAUGAGGAACUGUCCUUAUAGGGGAGGAGGAAGACCUACUCAGUCCGAACCUUUAGUGCAAUUUAGUUGAGCCCCAACUAGAGGUGGUUACUAGGGAGGCCGUAGUGGAUUUCAGAGUGGUCGUGGUGGUUUACAGGGUGGUAGAGGUGGUGGUCGAAAUCAGCCAUUAGGAAGUGGUACACAGGGUACCAGAGCACAGCGAGCACCGAGGGUUUAUGCAAUGACUCGAGGUGAAGCAGAAGUGGCACCAGAAGUUGUGGCUAGUAUGCUUUCUAUCCUUGGCAAGCAAUUAUAUGCUUUGAUCGAUAGGGUUCCUCUCACUCAUUCAUGUUAUAUACGUUUGCACAUAUGCUAUGCUUAUUUCCACAUAAGCUAGGUUAUACCGUAUGUGUUAAAACACCUGUGGGAGAUACCUUGAAGGUAGACUCAGUUAUUAGAAGUUCCUUCAUUUGUGUGGAAGGAGCUUUCCUAGCAGCAUAUUUAAUUCUGCUACCUUUUGAUGAAUUUGAUGUCAUCCUUGGAAUGGACUUUCUGGCAACACAUGGAGCUGUUGUGGAUUGUCAAAAGAAAAAAGUGUAUUCAAC